UUUACCGGACAAAUAUUCUUACUAUGUGUUUACUUUUUCAGUGGGAUAUUCUGUAGUUGCUCUUAAUCAUGUCAUCGAUUUUAAAGAAAAGAAACAGGAAAUCGCCAAGCCAAUAUCUCCUUCGGAGUUGUUUCCAUCUUUGCCUAUUGUACAAGGGACAUCUAAAAGAAUUAAAGUCUUAACACGUCUAACACUAGUUGUUUCUGAUCCUUCCCACUGUAAUCUCUUGAGAUCAACAUCUGCAAAUAUAAGGUUAUAUGACAUCAUAGCAGUAUUUCCAAAGACUGAGAAACUGUUCCAUAUCGCUUGCACAACUCUAGAUGUGGAUCUGGUAUGCAUAAAUGUAACGGAGAAGCUGCCAUUCUACUUCCGAAGGCCCCCUGUGAACAUGGCAAUAGAUAGAGGCAUUUACUUUGAACUUCUUUACACGCCUGCCAUCAAAGACUCCACAAUGAGAAGAUACACAAUUUCAAAUGCGAUAAGCCUGAUGCAGAUCUGCAAAGGAAAGAACAUUGUUAUAUCUAGUGCAGCUGAAAGGCCUCUAGAACUACGAGGUCCUUACGACGUGGCUAAUCUAGGUUUGCUCUUUGGCCUGUCAGAAAGCGAAGCCAAAGCAGCUGUGUCUACCAACUGCAGAGCCACCAUGCUUCAUGGAGAAACUCGGAAGAGUGCCUGUGGGGUAGUGUACACGGUGAAGAAGCCUCGCAAGGUUGAGGAGGAAGAAACAACACUGCCAGCCUGCAAAAAAGUUAAGACUCAAGCUUGAGGAUUGAACCAAUUGUCAACAGGAGCUUCCAUCCCAUCUUUACCCAGUGUUGAGUCUUCCCUCACCCUCCAGCUAGCCCAGUUCCUCUCUUAUUACUUCAUUUAGCCUGGAGAAGGAUUAUUCUUCUGGUGUUCAAGUGAGGAAAGCUGUAGGAAUGAGACUGAUGAAUGGUAGUUCACCACAUCUGAAAGGUCAUGGUGGGCUUCUGGCCAAGGUCAGAAGACUGUCUCUCUACCCUGUCUUUGGUCUUCUGGAGUUAGUGCAAACUCAACACAACAUUUCUAAUAUAUGGAAGUUUUCAGUUGUACAGGUGCAUUC